AUGGCUAGAGUACCCAAAACUGGCAAACUCAGGAAGUUUUAUUUUCUCAUCCAGUUUUUCUUCUUCCUUUUACCCUCAGUUCCAACAAUAAAGACGGAGCCGCUUGACGACUACGACGCUGCCCUGAUGUGUAGUCAACACGGACCGGGCCAGAUCCUGCACCCAAAGCCGUAUUACCCCCCACAGGUCAUGGCUCCGAUGAUCUCCGACCUCAGGCCGUGCGUGGUGGGCGGGACUUACGCUGUUAGUCAGCAGAGAUUGGUGGCCAGGCCUUCCUCUGCUACUCCCUGUUCCCCGAGCACCAGCCCCAAACUUCACGAUCUGGCCCCGUCACCCUUCUCAAAGUGCCUCCAACAGUCGGGCCAUCAGCCACCCAUCCCUCACGUCUCCAUCAUCCAGGAAACUCCAGGACGGUUCCAGCCUCCAGACCUCUACCCGCCCAGCAGCUCUUCUUCUCCUACAGACUCCCAGCCGUCCACGCCGACCGACGCCCCCUUCUCUCACGCUCCUGGCGUGACUCCAGCCCAGCCGGUCAGCGCCAGCCCCGGCGUCCAGGAGCUCCCUGAACCUGCAGAAAGGGGCCCGUCCUCGCUGCCAGAGGAUGGCAGCCCGCCGCCUGUGGCCGUUAGCAUCAAAGAAGAACCACAGGAACUGGACCAGAUGUACCUCGAUGAUGUCAACGAGAUCAUCCGGAACGACCUGUCCAGCAUCUCCGUCCACAGCCAUGCAUAGGCUCCGCCCACAACCUGCAUACUUAUCAGGAAAUGGAGAAAAAAGGGGAAACUGAUUGUUGGCCUGCAGGGAGCAGCAGGAGGAAAUGCAACCAGAACAAUCGCGAAAACAUUUUCCAGACUUCCAGGGUCCAAGAUGUGCCUUCAGCGUCUCGUAUUCCUCCUCUUCAGGUAGAAUAUUCCCGGGAACGCGUCCCUGAGAGAACUGCAGCAUCCCAGACUCUGUCCUCCCUUUAACGGAUGCUUCCAGAGGACCAAAGCUGUUUUCGUUUUCUGUUUUACUGUAGUGCCUACAGAUGAUGCUAUGUAUGAACAGCCUGUGCUUUUUCUUAUCAGCUUUACUGAAAAAAAA